CUCUGCAAAUUGCAAACCCCUUCUCCUAACCUUCAUACAGGCGGCAGUGUAGGAAGGAUGGCUAUUCUCCAGGCUUACUCACCAUUUUGUCUCUCCUCAUCCACCUUCUUCUCUUCAAGUCUCUCUAACUCUAAACCACCUCUUCCUUCUCAUUCUUCUUCUUCUUCUUCUUCUUCUUCAUCACUCCAUUUCCCUUCCCGUCACAGCUCUCUCCUUAUUCCCACCCACCAGUUACGGCGUCAAUCUUCGCUGUCAAUGGAGCCAAGACAGCUGCUUUGCAGACCUCCCCAAGCUAAAUACAUCAGAGACGACUAUCUAGUGAAAAAGAAGACGGCGGAGGAAAUACAGGAGCUGGUAAGGGGAGAAAGGACUGUACCCCUAAUUCUCGACUUCUAUGCAACAUGGUGUGGCCCCUGCAUUUUGAUGGCCCAAGAGCUUGAAAUGCUUGCUGUGGAGUAUGAGAGAAAUGCAAUGAUUGUCAAGGUUGACACUGACGAUGAGUAUGAAUUUGCAAGAGAUAUGCAGGUUCGAGGUCUGCCAACAUUGUUCUUCAUCAGCCCAGACCCAAGCAAGGAUGCAAUCCGGACUGAAGGCUUGAUCCCAAUUGAGAUGAUGAGGGACAUCCUUAACAAUGACAUGUGAACAGAGCUGGAUGGAGAGCUGAAAAAUGAGAAGGGUUUAACUUGUUGAUGCGAAGUCCAGGUGGUCUUUACCGGAAGACUUGGGGGAUGAUGACAAGAACGGAUGGUAAGACACUCUUCGAGUAAAGAUCUGCAAAGAGUAGCGGAGAAUGUGAUUUUUCUCGGCUUCAAUGACUAUUUAUUCUCGCAGAAAUCCCCGAAAGCCGGGGCCUCGAACUAGUCUAGAUGCCAACCGAUCUUGGUUUUUUUGUUCCGAGGGAUACAUUCCUCUUCUCAGUGUUGUGGAUCUUUCACUUUGUUUUUCUCUCCACAAGUUAGCGAUGUUUCUUCACACUUGUAAACUUUCAUGCAGUGUAGGACGAUAAGGUGGUGAUUGAAAGUAAAAUUAGAUCGUUUGG